AUGAAAACCCAACCCGAACAGAAAAGAUUUGCCCUCCUCGUCGGGGUGGAUCUGUAUCUUGACGGGUCCAGAAAGGUCAAUAUACCUAGCUUGCGUGGAUGCGUCAACGAUACUCAGAUAAUCAAGAAAUUACUUGGAAAUGAGUUUUCAGAGGGCGUAAUACGAAUCCUUACUUCUUCUCUGUCUCCGGAUUCCGCGGCCUCACGUGAACCACCACAGUCCUUGCCCACAUACGAAAAUAUCAAGAGGGAAUUCGAUGGAAUAACCAAAGAAGCCAAGGCUGGUGACCUCUUCUUUUUCCAUUUCUCUGGCCAUGGUGCACGACUAGAAACGGUACUUCCGGGGCGCGACCGUCGUGCGGACGACCCGUCUCUGCUGACAAUGGACUUCGGCUGCGGUAAACCAGCAAUACGUGGGUGGCAACUGAACAAUUGGCUCAAGAUACUGAACGAAAAGGGAGUUCAGAUUGUUGUUAGUUUGGACAGCUGCUAUUCGGCCGACAAUUGGCGAAAUGAAGGUUCUCUUCGAAGCCCGAAACAAUGGAAACGUCCACCUAACCUCCCUGUCGACGAGGAAGGAGUCGAAGCGACGUCUAUUGAGCCGAAUGACCGUCACGGUGAGCUCAGUGUACUCUGGGACAUCAAUCCAGAGGGCUUCGUGCUGAUGGCAGCAUGCGAAGGCCAAAGUGUAGCGAUGGAGAAGAUGUUUGGGAAUAGCGUAUAUGGCACUUUUACCUACGAGUUGUGCGCAUACGUCAGGGAAGCACCAAAGGCGGCAUAUCGCACUAUCCGCGACUACAUAGCAGCGAGAAUUCAGCCACAAGUUCCAUGCUUUUAUGGCCAAGACAGGUUCGCGUUCCUUGAGAAUGAAGAACUGUUUUCGGCCACACAUGUUUGGGCCAGGGUUAGUAAAGGCGUCGUUUCUCUUCCAAUCGGAAAGUUUCAUGGUGUUGAGAUAGGAGCAGAAUUUGUGACUCUCCCACCUACACCUCCGGUCACCCUCUCAAUAAAAAAGGUCCAAGACUCCGAAAGUGAAGCGACGGUACCAUCAGGAUUCUUGCCCGAAGCUAUUGAGCUCGUUCCUUGCCGAUGGAGUUUGAGGAAGGCCCCGAAAAUCUCUGUCAAGGAGAUUACAUGCGAAUUCCGGAAGGCACUGCAUGACGGCUUGAAGAAAAGGAUUGUAAAUGAAGUCGAAUUCAGUCAAACCCAAAACCUUGAAUCAGUCAGUCUUAGGUUGACCAAAGCAGCGAAUGGUAAAAUCGGCAUCUCUGGACCCCAAUCACUGAUAGGGUAUGAAGGACAUGUCCGUGGCUUGGAGACCAAAGGCGAAAACGACAAAGAACAAGCGACAGAACUAGCAGUUGCACUAUCACAUCUCAUGCGUUUUGAACAGAUUCUUGAACUUCGGAAUGAUGCAACACGGGAUGACAACCCGCCUUUUAAAGCCACCUUGAAUGAUCUUGAGCAGGUUGAUGGCGCGCCGAGAUUUGAAUACAGAUUUCAGAACUGUGACGAAGUGCCGCUUCACUUCACGGUUAUGGUCUUGGGUCCCGGAUUUCACAUCAAGCAGCUUUACCCUGAAAAUGACGGCUCAUACACUGUAGCUCAAGACAGAACUUCGAGUUUCACAUUUAAGCUUGUUCUGCCGACCGAGCUUAAGCAGGUUGGGAAGAGCCACCGCGACAUUUUCCGCACGAUUGUCACUAGGAAGAAAAAGCUUUCGUUUAAAAGCUGGGAGCUACCUGACAUUUGGAACGCCAACCAGACGCUUUACAAGCGACGUGAAGAUUUAGCAAGGGACGCAGAGCUGAUAACUGACGAUGGCAAUGGCUUGUGGAUGCAGGAUAUCACAAAGUCGUCAACUCUGAACUAAGCAUAGAGUAUCCUGAGACUUUACGGGAAUGGGACAGCACGAGAACAUA